AUGGGUUUUACUACUGGUUUUACCGGCGGCGUAACCCUAACUCUCUCUCUGGCCUACCUAACCGUCCUGGCACAUCAACGCAACCGCGCUUCUCAAUCCCUCCACCUACACCACCAAUCCCAAGUCCUGACUUCCCUCCUUGAAAAACAACCCAUCCCACCCCCAAAAUCGCGCUCAGAACUCGCCCGCGAAGAAAGAAGUACGCUUAUUGAAGCUGCAAAGGAUAGGUGGAAUGCCGAGAUUGAGAAUUCAGUUCGGUGGGUCCAGAGGACGGAUUGGGAAGAUGUGAGAUGGAGAAUGGAAGGCGCGGUUAGCAGGGCACUAGGAUUGGGAUUGGAGAGAAGCAGAGAGGGUAUUCAAUAUGGAGAAGAGAUCGCCGGGGAGAAAUUGAGAGAUUUCAGGGAGGAGGCCAGAGAGGACGCAAAGAGAGUCGCUACGGGCGCUGUGGCGGGCGUUGAAAGAGGUGUUGCUGGAACAAGGGGAGCGAUUGAUGCUUCUUCUCAAAAGCUGAAGGAGGCAGAGGCUAGAAUUCCUUCGUAUCCUGAAAUCGAACGGAAAGCGGGAGGAACAAUUGAUGCCGCUCGUGGUGGGAUCCGCAAUGCAGUUUCUCGAGGCAUCGAAGCCGGCAAAGGAUAUGCGCAAAAAGCAGGUGCAGCAGUCGGAAUUGCAGAACAGAAAAUUGAGGAAAAGGUCGCGCUUAUGUCGGGUUCGAGCAAAUCUGCGAAUUCGGAUAUGGAGAGGGCUUUGAGAGAGAGAUUUGAGGGUCCAUCUCAGUUGGAUAAGAGUGUGCAGCAGGCGCUUGAGGAGAGAUAUACACCAAUUAAUCAGAGGGAUAAUGGAACUUUGAGGGGUAUAUGA